AAAUAAUGUAUAUUCCAGUGUAUUCUACUUCAAUUAACACCAAAAUUAGCCGGUAGGAGAGCUCACACACGCCAUAUGAAACCUUCGCAAAACCACUGGCAAUCAACAGGAAAAAGGAAUGGGGAGCUCUUACCCGGGUUGUUAUGGCAACGAAGCUGCGCGCGCAUCGACAAUCAAACAAAUUUUCAAAUCCGAUAGACAUUUUCGUCAAUGCAAAAACAGCUAAACUUUUUAAUAAAUAUUUUAAAGAAGUCAGAGGCAAGUACAAUGAAAGCUUAGAUUAGUAUGGCCCCGAAAAAGCAGAAGGAGACAUCUAGUAAGUCUCGCGGAAAUCUCGCUGAAGAUGAGGCAUUGGAUUGGUUAAAACCAAGAACACUCUUAGUCCCAGAAGAUCAAGAAGAGGUUCCUGAAGCGGAGCUCGAUGAGGAAGUGGUGCGCAUCCUAACAACCAUCAACCCCCAGUGGGUAGCCGACGAAGUUGCCUAUCACUACGGACUUAACAAAUUCGUCGUGAAACCAAAACCUAGUUUUGGUAAAGCGUAUCCUCUGUACAUUUAUCAAGGAACUGCUAUACGGAAGGACUCCGAUGAAGCAAAGGCCCAAAUAGCUGCUGGCUAUGGUAAGGUUGGAUUCGAUGACGCUGGCCCCAAGCGGGUCAAAGUUAAAAAGUCAGCAGCUGAACUAGAAGAAGAGGAAGAGCCUGAAGCCGAAGCUCCACCUACAGAGGAAACUAAGGAAGAGGACGCAGCUGAUGAAGAGAAACCCAAAGAAGGUGGUGAAGGCAAAGAGGAAGCAACAGCCGAUGAUGCAGCGGCUGACGAGCAAACAGAAGCCGUUGCAGACGAAGGCGCAGAGGAACAGGCUCCCGAAGAUGCGGAAGGACAAGAAACUCACGAUGAAGAAGUUAUAGAGAUAAAACCCCGAGUUAAGAAGCUCGCUAAUCAGUUCAACUUCUGCGAAAGGGCUGCGUUGACCUACAAUUAUCCUAAAAGGUCUGUGGACACUCAAACAGUUCCUCCUCCGCGAGCUAACUUUGGAGCUACGUGUCUCCAGUGCAUUAUAUUUGAUUUCUAUCAAGAAGACUAUGCUAGAAAACAGCGUGAGAAAGAAGAAGAAAAACCUAAAAGAUUACGUAAGAAGACUGCUAAGCAUGUCAAAUCCGCUCAACAAAUACACGACGAACAGCUUGCUCAACGCAUCCGCGAAGCUUGGACAAUCCUCGAAAGAUUGGUCAACCAAAACAUUUAUGAUGAAAUUGCUCAAGAUUAUAGAUAUUGGGACGACCCAUCUGAUGAGUUCCGUGAGGGCAUGGGCUCAUUGCUGCCUCUAUGGAAGUUCCAGUUUGAACCCAUGCGCAGCCAUGCUGUGUGUGAUGUACAAUGGAAUCCACAUUACCAGGAUUUAUUUGCCGUCGCUUAUGGCUCUUUGGAUUUUACUCAGCAACAAAAAGAAGGAUGUCUCUGCCUCUACAGCAUCAAGAAUCCAGCGUUUCCAGAAUAUUCUGUAAUAACAGAGUCACCCAUCAUUUGCCUGGACGUUUAUAAAGAAACUCCAUAUCUUAUUUGCAUUGGUCGCUAUGAUGGCAAUGUAUGCGUUUAUAAUGCACAACUGACUUUGGAAUCUUCACACCAGUACAAGUCAGACUCUGUGAGAGAUAAACACAGCAAUAUUGUUUGGGAAAUUAAAUGGGGUGCUCGCAUGAUCGACGGUGAAGCAUCAUUCUUCUCCAUUUCUGGAGAUGGUCGCGUGGUUCAGUGGGCGGUGAUGCCAGGAGAGUUGCAGGCCACUACUAUCAUCACUCUACAUUCAAGCGUACCACCUAUACCUGGACCGGAUGGCACGUUGCUCACGGUUAACAGUUGCGGUAGCUGCAUCUGCUUCCACCCAGAGAAGGCGGACAUCUUCAUGGUUGGGACUGAAGAUGGGAUGAUCCACACUUGCUCGCUGAAGUACAAUCGCAACUAUGUGCGAUCCGUCCAAGGCCACCACAUGCCAGUGUAUAGGAUCCAUUACAACCACUACAAUAACAGUAUUUACGCGUCUUGCUCUGGCGAUUGGCGUGUCAAGAUCUGGGAGGACGGCCGCGAUGAACCGCUAUUCAUGUUCGAACUGGGUUCGCCGGUUGGUGACGUGAAAUGGGCACCCUACUCCAGUACCGUUUUCGCCGCUUGCACAGCCGAUGGAAAGGUGUAUGUCUACGACUUGAACGUGAACAAAUAUCGACCGAUAUGCGUGCAGGCUGUUGUGUCCAAGAAAUCGAAAAAGUUGACACGAAUCGACUUCAAUCCGAAACUGCCCGUCGUUGUUUGCGGUGACACCAAAGGCACAUGUCACGUAGUAAAAUUAUCGCCUAACUUGAGAGUCAUGUGCAGACCACCUAAAAAGGCCCAAGUGGUGGAUCAAAGGACUUUACAGGUUAUGAAGCUGGAUAAACUUUUGAGUCUAGUUCGAGACCCGCCGUUCCAAACUGGUGUUGUGGAUGAGAAGUUCGACGAUGAUUAAAUGAAUCAUGAUCCGGCGCCAACCCUGAGGCCUGUGAGCAAGGCCAUAUUUGAACACUUUGCGUGACCUGUGGAGCUGAGAGAGAUUCGCUGAUUCAGUGAUCAACACUAAUAAUUCACACAGGCUGCGUAAGCGUACACGUAGCGCGUACCAUUGCGUUGUAAUGUAUGGAACUGUAUAAAAAAUGGCAAACCGCUUGCGUAAUGCGUGGACAUAUGCAUAACCCGAUGUGUUAGGGGUUUACGCGCGUCACUACGCACGUGUCACGUGUACGUGCUUGGUGUGAAUCGGCCUUAAAUGAAAGUCUAAAGUUCUACAUUGCUAUUUCA